CCUCUCUUCAACCUGUUUCUCCGGCCAUGUCGUUAAUCAAAACCCACCACUUUUUUGGCGGUAUAAACCCCACCACUAUCUCUCUUUCUACUAAAAAGCUCCGUCCAAUUUCCAGCUCUCUCGUUCCUCUGAACCCUUUGGGAUUCUCUAACUCUUUUCCUACUCUUAAACUCCUCUACACAGCUCCGAUUUCCCCUUCCCUCAAUCCGACGCGUCGUCGUUUCAAUCCCAUAAUUCGCGCUGCUUCGGUUUCUGCAAAGGGUUCUGAUUACUAUUCCGUUCUCAAUGUCAGUAGAAACGCUACUUUGCAGGAGAUCAAGAGCUCUUACCGCCAACUUGCUCGCAAGUAUCAUCCAGAUAUGAACAAGGGCCCUGGUUCAGAAGAAAAGUUCAAAGAGAUAAGUGCUGCAUAUGAGGUCCUAUCAGAUGAUGAGAAAAGAUCUUUAUAUGAUCGCUUUGGCAAGGCAGGUUUACAAGGAGCAUAUGACGGAUCAGGCAGUGGCUCACGGGGGGUUGACCCUUUUGAAGUUUUUGAUGCCUUUUUUGGGGAAUCGAAUGGCCUUUUUGGAGGGAGGGGUGAACCUGGAGGCAUUAACUUUAAUUUCAGAAGCAAGGGCAGCCAGAGUCUUGACAUUCGAUAUGACCUUUUUUUGAGUUUUGAACAGUCAAUUUUUGGAGGAGAGCAGGACAUUGAAGUUUCUUGUUUUGAGCCAUGUGAUAAUUGCGGUGGAACAGGUGCAAAAUCCAGCAGCUGUGUAAAAUCAUGCACUGAUUGUGGAGGUAGAGGAGGAGUGGCGAAAACUCAGAAAACACCUUUUGGAUUAAUGACUCAGGUAUCUACUUGCUCAAAAUGUGGUGGUGAUGGCAAGAUGAUCAUUGAUCAUUGCCGAAGUUGUGGUGGCAAGGGUCUAUUGCAGUCAAAGCGAAGUAUCAAAGUAGUCAUUCCACCUGGUGUUAAUAAUGGAGCCACAAUGCAAGUUCAAGGGGAGGGAAACUUUGACAAGAAAAGGGGAAUAUCUGGUGACCUAUACUUAGUCCUCCAUGUUCAGGAAAAACAUGGUAUUUGGAGGGAUGGUCUAAAUCUGUACUCAGAAGUAAAACUUGAUUUUACAGAGGCAAUACUAGGGACUGUCGUCAAGGUAUCUAGUUGGACAGCUGAGGAGAGGAGGAAGGCCUUGUUGGUGGAAUGUCCAUGCUCCAUAGUAGAUUUGCUUGCCAAAUCCAACGUCCCCAUGGUAGAUUUACGUGACAAAUCCAAUGUCCAUACCCAUGUUUGGUCACCCCUGGCGUUGGUGGAAACCAUUGAGGGCCUGAGAGAUCUCCAGAUUCCUUCCGGGAUUCAGCCUGGAGAUACAGUAAAAAUGUCAUACAUGGGAGUUCCAGAUAUCAGUAAGCCCUCUGUGCGAGGUCAUCAUCAUUUUAUUGUGAAUGUUCAGAUCCCGCAAAAUCUCAGUGAUGAAGAAUGUGCUCUUGUUGAAAAGUUGUCUUCACUUAGGGCAGCAUCAUGCAAGGAAAAUUCAGUUAUAUCUGAUGACUCACCUAAAGCCAACCUUGACAAAGGAAACAGAAACCAUGCUUCAAGCCAUGGAAGCAAACGUGGUGCUUCUUUAUGGAGCUCAAUCAAGGACUUCUUGGGGCGAAGGCAACCCGGAAAAGGAUUUGCAUCACUUAGCACGGAGACAUCAGCAAUGUGCAGCAGGCCCCUGCCGAGUUUUCCACUCAUGAUUUCAAUAUCAACUGUUUUGAUUGUUGCAUGUGUCUUAACUUUGGUGAGUAAGAUUGGUUACUGUACUCUAUUGCCGCGGAAAAAACGGAUAAAACAUGAUCCUCGUUACGCUAAAACAAGAAGAGAACGGCAUUAG